AUGAAUGUAGAUUAUAGUAAUCCGCUUAUCACUACCUAUGGACCUAAAUUGUCAUGGGUGAGGCAGCAAACAAAACCACCAGCUGCAAUAAUUCUUGCUGAACAAGAUACACAACCCCUCGAGACAGAGAAAAAGGAAAGCAAAACAGACAACGAUAAGAAAAAAAAAGAAGAUACAAAACCGAAAAACAAAAAAGAAUCAGAAAAAGUUGUAACUGAUUCCAAAAAACAGAAGAUUGCCGAUUCAAAAAAAAAAGCUUCGAGCGCUAAAACUGGCAAAAAAGGAGAUGAAAAAGAAGGGAAAAAAGAAGGAAAAUCUGAAGGAAUGUCAGAACAAAAAACUGAUUCGAAAAAACAAGUCAUGAAUUCAAAAAAGGAAAUGUCAAGCACUGAAGGUAAUAAAAAGGAUGAAAAAAAAGUAGAAGGAAAAAAAGAGGACGAAGAUGGAAAAUCUAAGGAAGCGGAUGAAGAAAGAGAGUAA